AUGGAAGUGGAUGAAUUAGGAUGGAAAGGUCGCUUAGUGGAUCCAGAAGCUUUCUGUCAUGUGAGCAAGAAAAUUGUAGCUGAGCAUUUUAUUGGGACGACGCGACGGGGGUUGCAGCAGGAACAGCAGGAGUUGCAUUGUUCGAGGAAAGCAAAAUUAACCGUAGCUUUCAUAUCGUACGAAGUAAUAAGUUUGAUGCAUGCGGUGAAUUCCUGCAACGCAAUGGUGAACAUCAAUUAUGGACAAAAAAAAUUUUUCACGCUUUCGCUAGUAACUUCUGGUGCCAGGCCAGAUAAAAACAAAGAUGAUACUCUGGAUGCUGGUCUAAGGCUGCAUAUAUUUACAUUGGAGCCUCUCAAAGGUUCAGGUCGACUGGAUUUAUCAACAGUCCGAGUAGCGAUGGGCGCUGAAUUCACGAUGACAGGGGAGUUGGCCGCAGGCAGUGCGAAACUGUCGUCAACUGGUUCAGCACUAAGAUUUUCCAGAAUUACGAUUUCGUUGUUUGCAACCACAUUAUGGAUUUUGCGAGGUUCCUCGUUAGAUGUCACUGAAUCCGAUGGAUGUUUGGUAUUUUCGUGUUGUUGGACCUUUUUAUUUAGAUAA